AUGAACGCACUGUACCGUCUCUUAUUCAUCGUCUCGUUUCUAUCGAUCACCGACGCACUUUGGUGUCCGGAUGGGUACACACCGCUGCCCGGGCAAAACGUAGACAACGUUUGCGUCACUUCAAAUGCAAGAGCAAUGAACUUUUACGAUGCUGAGAAAGGGUGUGCCUCGGUCGGGGCAACGCUGGCGCAAAUCUGGAAUCUGUACGACAACAGCUACUUGUACGCUUUGAUGAAAAAAGAUCUUAACUCAACAGCACCCUACAUUGGAGUGGUUAACAGUGGAAACGGGACAUGGAUGUACCCUGGUGGACGGCCGCUCUACUAUGAGAACUGGAAUCCUGGAUAUCCCAAAGCAGACGACAACUGCGCGAUUAUGGACCCAGAAACGGCCAAAUGGAAUUCGACCAGCUGCAUCGACAAGCAACCAUCAUUUUGCUCGUUUUUUGGCACUGGU